UGUGUGUUCGGGCUGCAGUCGCUAUGUCAGGAAGAGGAAAGGGUGGCAAGGGCUUGGGUAAGGGUGGUGCUAAACGCCACCGCAAAGUCUUGAGGGACAACAUCCAAGGCAUCACCAAGCCGGCCAUCCGGCGCCUCGCUCGGCGUGGGGGAGUCAAGCGGAUCUCCGGCCUCAUUUAUGAGGAGACUCGUGGUGUGCUCAAGGUGUUCUUAGAGAACGUCAUUCGGGACGCGGUCACCUACACUGAGCACGCCAAGCGCAAGACGGUUACCGCUAUGGACGUGGUGUAUGCUCUCAAGCGACAGGGACGCACCCUGUAUGGCUUCGGAGGCUAAGCUGCCGCUUCAGCUCUACAUAUAUCUACGCUAACGGCCCUUUUUAGGGCCAACCAUCCAGUCUUCAGAAGAGCUGGACAUUUGGGUAGGAUUUAGGGGGCCCUUGCCUUUGGGAGUUGGUGCUAGAGCCGGGUCAGGCUUAGUGGGAGGUAAUGGUCCCUGAAGCGCUAACCACCCUGAACCCGUAGUCGUUCACUAAACUUUUAUUUCUUGGGCUCCGUUUUGGUUUUUAAGUCCUCAAGGGUUCCGGAUCUAAGUAUUAACGUUUA